GAACUCGAUCAUUGUAAGGCCAGUCAACGCCUUCAUGCACUCCGCAAGUAAAGUGUCCCUUGAAGCGCGAGUCGAGAAUUCCCAAUGUUUCGUGGCAUCAAGAACAUGACAACCGUCUGCAGUCUAUCCUGGUGCCUGGUUCAAUUGUGGAUUGCAAUUAGUAGUCUAGCUCUUGUCAACGUUACGGCAUAUCCGGGCCCUGAUGCCUUUCCUUCUCCCUUCAUGCUUGCUCUUUUUAGAAUGGCAGCUCCGACAGCAAGCAAGCUCGCACCAAUGGUAAAACGAGGCGCCGCUACCGAAGUUUCGGUUGCCUUGGGUGUGCUUGGCUUGCUGGAUGAAAUGGAUAAUUCCCGCAAGGCGUUUUCUUCCUAACACCGGUCGUAUACUGUUUGUCGCGAACGGGAAGCAAGGAGCUUGGGUUCAUCGG